CCAGUUCGGAAGCCUUUCAAUUCGAAGAAAGCUCAACCAUGGUCGGUUCGAAAGCAAAUGCAAAGUGGCAAAAUCAGAAGCGAAAACAAAGAUUCGAUGCCGAACCUCAAACUUCUUCCAAACGACACCGUUCUGAUAUUGCUCCGAAGCGUCACGGUCCCUGGAACAAUCUUCAACUCAUACUUUGCAUCCAAGACAAAGACAAUGAUCUUUCCAGUAAGGUUAAUCAGGCAUUUAAUUUUGUGCGGUCAAGUGUGGAAAAUGGUGUUGGCGCUUGUCAGGACUGUAAUACUAUAAAAUUUCCAAGACUAAUAUCUUACCUUAAUGAUUGGAUCGUGACAUUGCUGUUUCCUCCAAAUGGGAAGAAAAACUGGGGCGAUGGGAAGACACCACAGCUCGAGGGGAUUGAGGCAUAUAUGGAUAUUCGUUGUUGGGAGAUAUUCAAGUUAUGCUUGCAGGAGUCUUUGAAGUUUCACGGCUCUUGGAGUAUGCCCCGGAACCUCCUACAAACUGUUCAGUUUGUUGCCAGAGAUUUUCUGUCACUGCUAGAAGACACCUGUAUUAGUUCAGGAGAAGUUAUUAUAUCCGAAGAAAGGUUUAAACUGUAUGGUACCGCUAUUGAUUGUGUUUCGUUGGUAUUCUUGUCGCAUGGUGGGUUGUCAAAUAAAAACUUGGAAUUGUGGGUUGACACAACCAAGGUGUUGCUUGAUCUUGUGCUGAAAACUUAUAACAAUAGCCUUGAUGACAGCAAUGUCGGUGCUCUUGCACAACGCUUUCUCUGGUCAGUGCUUCUGCCAUUCUCUAAGUUGAGUGUCCAGCGAGCUAAGAAAGGAUUUCAUAAUUUUGUGGAUAAACUUCUUGAGCCGUUGUUGCAUUUAUCUAGUGAGUUGCAUCUUCGGGUUAAUAGAAGUAAUCCCAUUUGGACGUCAAGAUUAAAAGAGGCAGUGGAAGAAGUUCUUUCUCAUGGCCUUUUUCAUCAAGUGCAUAUUUCUGAGUUUUUAAGCCUACAUGGUUCAGAAAAUGAUGUUACUGCAUGUGAUGAAAAAUCAAAUGACUCAAAAACAACUAUUAAGAGUUAUACUAGACAUUUAUUUGAUGUACUCAAUAGAAUUAUAGCUAGGAAGAAUGCUAUGGCAAUGGGUAGCUUAGGCUUGUUAUUUCAUUUAUAUGCUACUUCAGCAAGAAAAUUCAAACUGGAUGAAGGGCUCAAGACAACAGAGAAAAUAGGUGAUUCAAGGCAACCAGUGCCUGGAAAACAUUCUAACUCAAAUACUAUUUCUGCAGACAUUCAAAAAUCACUUUUUAAUUUUUUUGGACUGAUUAUGGAACCCCUUUUGCUGAAGAUUAAUGCCUACAUUGAAGUUGAAGUAGAUGCCAAUACCCUGUUGUUGGAUCUUCAUGGUUUACUAAAGUCUGUUGGUAAUUUGCUUGCUAGUUUUAUGCGAGAGAAAGUUUAUUUGAGAACAGAAGACACAUCUGGAGGAGCUUGUCUCAAUUUCUUGAAGAAAAUAUUUAAUACACUGAUAACUAGUUCUACUAGUGUACUUCAUUUCUCCAAUUAUGAUACAACUAACAAGAUGGAGAUAUAUGGUUUGCCUGUUAAUGAGAUUCUAGUCGCUAUGGGAUAUCUUUUGCAGAUUGAAUAUGAGGUUAUUGGUGAAGGCUUGGUAAAUUUAUGGCUUCUUAUCUUGUCAUUCUCUGCCAUUAAUUGCAAUUUGGGGAAUGCUUUUGAUCAAUGCUCAUUACCUUGUGCUAUACCUGCCCUGGAGUGCCAAACAAUUCAUCUCUACAGUCAACUUCGCCAGGUGGAAGUUGCUAUUUUAGCACUGUGCAAAGCUAUAAGGCUUAUUAUAUGUCCUAAGGGUUAUACUGAAGAAAGUUCUUCUAGGUUCUUGACAUUUCUGUCUAAUGAAGUUCAUUUUGAAGCAGUUGAAAGGCUGUUAUCUUCACAGAAUUUCAUUCAUGCCAUUUAUAAAGCUGUUGAAUCUAUUCCAGAAGGGCAGGUGUGUGGGUGUAUUAGACAGAUAAGAGAUGAUAUUUCAGAAUCUCUCAUGUGGAUGAAAGAUUUCUGUCCAUUGGUUGAUGGCAAGAAAUUGCAAUUUUUUAAUCUGCAAGUGGAACUGUUUGGUAGAGGGCUAUCUAGACUAUAUUGUUUAGUGCUUGGUUCGGUGACAGUCACUGAUGGUAACCGCAAUCUUUUUGGAGUUUCCAUAAAAGAACUUAUGGAAUUAAUGCGUCCCUACUUGAGUAUUCUAGUUGGACAGCAGCCAGAUACAAUCUGCAAGUUCUUUUCUUCUGUCACAGGUCAAACUGUUGAUCGAGUGGUUAGAAAGGGAAAAUUUUUGAAGAAAUUUGGUAUGUCCAGCCAAUGGGUUCUUGUGUUCUUCUUUCAGUUGUAUUUGUCUUGCCAAACCUUAUAUAGGCAAGCAAGCCUUAUGCCUCCUGAUUUGCCAAAAAAGUCUGCAGAGGUGGUAGAUUACACAGCAUAUUCCGCUUGGGAGUUGAUGGACAGGAUUGAUGAGAUAGACUUCGGCUUUUUUUCUUGGAUUGUUCAACCCUCAGGUUCCCUCCUUGAUGUUAUGAAAUUUAUUUCUGACAUAUAUCUUAAACAUGGCCCAGAUGAUUCUUCCCCUUUGAUCUAUAUCUUUCAAUCUAUGGCUCUUCGAAGGCUUGUUGACGUGAAUAAACAGAUUAUAUCGUUCAAGUAUAUGCAAAAGAAGCAUUAUUUGCAGAAGCCUUAUAGAUCCCAAAUCAACACACUGAAGGAAGAAGCGGCUGGACUUACUAAUUUUAUUAUGGAAAAUUUAUCAUGUGUGUUUCAAUCCCCAAUCUUUGUUUCUGAAUGUGUAACUUCUGAAGAUGUAGUUUCUGUGGCUACUCAAAGCAACGAAUGUGAUCUAGGAGUUUAUUUUGCUGACAGAAAGUCAUUGCAAACACUCAUUUGGUCUAAUCUUUGCAAAAGUGUUGAUGUUUGGAGCAACCAUGCUUCAAAGAAGCAGAUGAAAAAGUUCUUCUCACAUUUACUCCAUACUUACCUUCAAAGUGUAACAAGUAGAUUUCAAGAGUCAGGUGUGCAAGACAUUGACAAAUUUAAGCUGCUCAAGAGGGUCACUUUGUCACAAAUAUCAUCAGAACUUUUAAAUGAUUCACUUUUUUAUAAACAAAAAUUUGUCCACAGGAAUCUGGCCUCAAUAUUCUGUGAUGCUUUAGAGAAAUCUGCACUUCCAUUAUUUAGUAAUGUUCUGUGUACUGAUGUGAAUCUUUGGUCAUUGCCUGAUUGGGUUGAGUUUUUAAGCUCCCUUGACAAGUCAACAGUGCUUAUUGAUGAGAAUAAAGAGAUUCAGGUUGAUUGUUCUGCUGUGGAAAGUUCAACCACUCAUUUAGACAGCAAACUUCCUGCGGAUAUCAGCAAAGAAGAAAAGACUUUCCCUGUCACAGACAAAGUUUUUCGAGAUUGCCACCAUUUACUUGAUCUCUUAUGUUGGAUGCAAGAUAUAAAUGCAAGAUCAUUUUCAUAUCUCAUGACUUGUAUUUUCAACCUUGAAAGGCUUCUUGUCAGUGCUCUUCUGUAUUUUCAGUGUACAGUGCAACAGGAUUAUUAUUGUGAGUACUUAAGAUUAUUUGUCUCGUGUCGGAAGGCAUUAUGGUAUAUAUUAAUUGGAUUCUAUGAGAAGGCGGAGACUAUUCAAUCAUUACCAAACACAAUUGUUUCUGAAAGUUCAUUCCCAGUUUUAUGGAUUACAAAGUCAUUAUCUGUGGUUGUGGGGAUUACAGAGGCAUUCUCUGCAAAAGAUAUUAUUUUAUGUAAAUCUAUGAUGUUUUCCUUGUUGGAUUACACAUCACAUGUCUUGUCCAGCAUAGGUAAAUAUCAAAGUGUAAAUGCUUUUUCCAUUAAUAAAGAAGCUGAAGUGUCAAGUGAAGAGAUCUCUAAUCAUAUGAUUUGCCAUGAAGAGAAUAAUUUGAUUACAUCUUCUCAGAACUCCCCCAAGCUUGAGGCAUUGAAAUGUUUAACCUUUAUGGAUGAGAAUUUGAAAGAGCAUAAACACAGUUUGCUUGUUUCUAUUAACAAUUCCCCUCAUAAUGUCAGUGUGGGAUUUGGUCUUACCAUUGAAAACAUCAUUAGAUUGUCGUCUGCAGUUUGUUGCUUUAGUAGAGUGUUGUGGGGCCUCACAUCAUCCACUGGCCUAACAGAUGCUAAAGAUAUUGAUGAAAAACAAUUAUUGAUCUUGAAAAGUGAACAUGCCUCUGAACUAAAUAGUUGUAUAUCUUUUCUCAUGGAGCUUUCUGAUGUUUUUGUGAACAAAUUUCUUGUUGAGAGUAACCAACUUUCCAAUAGUUCACAUAGUACGCAGCAUUCUGAAGAUCCAGUGAUGCAGGUGUCUUUGUCACUAACCAAUUUGGCACCUAAAGUUGUUGUUUCUAAGGCUAAUACCUCAGCUGGUCCACAAAAUGAAUGUAAAGCUGCUGCAAUUUGCUAUACUUUAUCAGUUGAUAAUGUCUCCAAGGGUAUCAGUGAUCUAGGAAGGGCUUUGAAUCCAAAAGGUGAAAACUCUGUUGCCAUGGUUUUGGCCGGGGUGGAUUACUUUGAGCCACAGGGUCUAAAUAAGCAUUUUUUACGAAGUUUGGUAAAAGCUGAUCACCCUGAAGUAGCUUUAUUGCUGAGACAACUGCUAAUUGCUUUCUCAUCUCUUUUGAGGUUAAAUUUGCAUAGAAAUGAUCGUUUCUUACCUUCUAGUCUUGUAUCUACUUUCAUUGAAAUUUCACAACUCCUAUUACUAGAAUUUGCAGAGAUGGUUGUGGUCCCACAACAAUCUGCUUUGCUGUUGUUUGAUGGCGCUUGCAGCUAUUUGAGAGAAUUGGUGGGUUAUUUUCCUUUUACCGAUCCUACAUCCUCUAGAAAAGUCCACACAGAAUUGAUUCAGGUUCACAUGAGGGCAAUAGGCAAGUCCAUUUUGUUGCAAGGAAAAGGGCGAACACUAACCUUUCAUGAAAGACAGUCAAGUGCAAAGCCACUUCAUUGUGGAUCAGUUGAAGCUUAUUCUUCUACUGAAUUGCACUGCUUUGCCUUGGAUGAAUUUAGAACCAGGCUGCGGAAGUCAUUCAAAGCAUAUAUAGAGAAGUCAUCUGAGCUGCAUCUUUUGUCUACUAUACAGGUCAUUGAGAGAUCUCUAGUAGGUAUUCUAGAAGGAUGUACUGUGAUUUAUGAUGUAAAAACAAGUAAAGAUGGGGAGGAAAUUUUGUCAGUUGUGGCAGGUGGCAUUGAUUGCUUCAGAAUGAUUCUUGAAUUUGUUUCAGGUCGGAAAGGCUUGAAGAUGAUUAAAAGACACAGUCAGAGUUUAGUAUCUGCUGUUUUCAACAUUAUUGUGCAUUUACAGACCCUCCUUAUUUUUUAUGAUAACUUGGCAUCUGGAACAGUUGUCAGUACUCCUGAUCCUGGGUCAGCCAUUCUCAUGGGUGUUGAAGUACUGGUUACAGUUUCUAGAAAACAGGCUCAAUUCCCAAUGGAUGUGGGUCAAAUAUUACAUAUCCCUGCCGUACUCUUUCAGAAUGUUUGUCAGUUUAGAGUUACUAAAGCGCCUGGUCCAUCAGAACCAUUGAUGAUUUCAGAAAAGCAUAUUUGUGAUCCAGUAAAGAGAGUGGGCCACGUUGAUCACCAGUUCUUAGUUAGCCUCUUCAUUGUGUCUUGUCAACUAUUGUGUACCAUUAUUAUGCAUCGUCCAAGUGAGUGCAUACAGUGUGUUGCCCAUCUUGAAGCUUCUGUUGCUGUUCUUCUUAAUUGCUUGGAGACAGUUUCUGAUGAUGAAUCAAAAAUGAAUAAGGGUUGCUUUUCUUCAGAUGAGGAAUUAAAAUGUGCCUGUUUUAUGAGAAGAAUUUAUGAAGAGAUAGAACAGAAAAAAGAUAUCUUUAGUCGUCAAUGUUCUCUGUUUUUAUCCAAUUACAUACGGGUUUGUUCAGGAUAUGGUCCCAAGAGAAGUGGCAUCAGAAGAGAAGUAGAUGAAGCUCUACGACCGGGUGUCUAUGCUUUAAUAGAUGCUUGCUCAGUUGAUGAUCUUCAAUAUCUUCAUACUGUUUUUGGAGAGGGACCUUGCAGAAACACCCUGGCCAGUAUUUUGCAUGAUCGCAAACUCAACAAAUACGAAGGAAAAUGUACAGUGCAGCAGGAUUAUUAUUGUGAGUACUUAAGAUUAUUUGUCUCGUGUCGGAAGGCAUUAUGGUAUAUAUUAAUUGGAUUCUAUGAGAAGGCGGAGACUAUUCAAUCAUUACCAAACACAAUUGUUUCUGAAAGUUCAUUCCCUGUUUUAUGGAUUACAAAGUCAUUAUCUGUGGUUGUGGGGAUUACAGAGGCAUUCUCUGCAAAAGACACUAUUUUAUGUAAAUCUAUGAUGUUUUCCUUGUUGGAUUACACAUCACAUGUCUUGUCCAGCAUAGGUAAAUAUCAAAGUGUAAAUGCUUUUUCCAUUAAUAAAGAAGCUGAAGUGUCACGUGAAGAGAUCUCUAAUCAUAUGAUUUGCCAUGAAGAGAAUAAUUUGAUUUCAUCUUCUCAGAACUCCCCCAAGCUUGAGGCAUUGAAAUGUUUAACCUUUAUGGGUGAGAAUUUGAAAGAGCAUAAACACAGUUUGCUUGUUUCUAUUAACAAUUCCCCUCAUAAUGUCAGUGUGGGAUUUGGUCUUACCAUUGAAAACAUCAUUAGAUUGUCGUCUGCAGUUUGUUGCUUUAGUAGAGUGUUGUGGGGCCUCACAUCCUCCACUGGCCUAACAGAUGCUAAAGAUAUUGAUGAAAAACAAUUAUUGAUCUUGAAAAGUGAGCAUGCCUCUGAACUAAAUAGUUGUAUAUCUUUUCUCAUGGAGCUUUCUGAUGUUUUUGUGAACAAAUUUCUUGUUGAGAGUAACCAACUUUCCAAAAGUUCACAUAGUAGACAGCAUUCUGAAGAUCCAGUGAUGCAGGUGUCUUUGUCACUUACCAAUUUGGCACCUAAAGUUGUUGUUUCUAAGGCUAAUACCUCAGCUGGUCCACAAAAUGAAUGUAAAGCUGCUGCAAUUUGCUAUACUUUAUCAGUUGAUAAUGUCUCCAAGGGUGUCAGUGAUCUAGGAAGGGCUUUGAAUCCAAAAGGUGAAAACUCUGUUGCCAUGGUUUUGGCCGGGGUGGAUUACUUUGAGCCACAGGGUCUAAAUAAGCAUUUUUUACGAAGUUUGGUAAAAGCUGAUCACCCUGAAGUAGCUUUAUUGCUGAGACAACUGCUAAUUGCUUUCUCAUCUCUUUUGAGGUUAAAUUUGCAUAGAAAUGAUCGUUUCUUACCUUCUAGUCUUGUAUCUACUUUCAUUGAAAUUUCACAACUCCUAUUACUAGAAUUUGCAGAGAUGGUUGUGGUCCCACAACAAUCUGCUUUGCUGUUGUUUGAUGCCGCUUGCAGCUAUUUGAGAGAAUUGGUGGGUUAUUUUCCUUUCACCGAUCCUACAUCCUCUAGAAAAGUCCACGCAGAAUUGAUUCAGGUUCACAUGAGGGCAAUAGGCAAGUCCAUUUUGUUGCAAGGAAAAGGGCGAACACUAACCUUUCAUGAAAGACAGUCAAGUGCAAAGCCACUUCAUUGUGGAUCAGUUGAAGCUUACUCUUCUACUGAAUUGCACUGCUUUGCCUUGGAUGAAUUUAUAACCAGGCUGCGGAAGUCAUUUAAAGCAUAUAUAGAGAAGUCAUCUGAGCUGCAUCUUUUGUCUACUAUACAGGUCAUUGAGAGAUCUCUAGUAGGUAUUCUAGAAGGAUGUACUGUGAUUUAUGAUGUAAAAACAAGUAAAGAUGGGGAGGAAAUUUUGUUAGUUGUGGCAGGUGGCAUUGAUUGCUUCAGAAUGAUUCUUGAAUUUGUUUCAGGUCGGAAAGGCUUGAAGAUGAUUAAAAGACACAGUCAGAAUUUAGUAUCUGCUGUUUUCAACAUUAUUGUGCAUUUACAGACCCUCCUUAUUUUUUAUGAUAACUUGGCAUCUGGAACAGCUGUCAGUACUCCUGAUCCUGGGUCAGCCAUUCUCAUGGGUGUUGAAGUACUGGUUACAGUUUCUAGAAAACAGGCUCAAUUCCCAAUGGAUGUGGGUCAAAUAUUACAUAUCCCUGCCGUACUCUUUCAGAAUGUUUGUCAGUUUAGGGUUACUAAAGCGCCUGGGUCAUCAGAACCAUUGAUGAUUUCAAAAAAGCAUAUUUGUGAUCCAGUAAAGAGAGUGGGUCACGUUGAUCACCCGUUCUUAGUUAGACUCUUCAUCGUGUCUUGUCAACUAUUGUGUACCAUUAUUAUGCAUCGUCCAAGUGAGUGCAGACAGUGUGUUGCCCAUCUUGAAGCUUCUGUUGCUGUUCUUCUUAAUUGCUUGGAGACAGUUUCUGAUGAUGAAUCAAAAAGGAAUAAGGGUUACUUUUCUUCAGAUGAGGAAUUAAAAUGUGCCUGUUUUAUGAGAAGAAUUUAUGAAGAGAUAGAACAGAAAAAAGAUAUCUUUAGUCGUCAAUGUUCUCUGUUUUUAUCCAAUUACAUAUGGGUUUAUUCAGGAUAUGGUCCCAAGAGAAGUGGCAUCAGAAGAAAAGUAGAUGAAGCUCUACGACCGGGUGUCUAUGCUUUAAUAGACGCUUGCUCAGUUGAUGAUCUUCAAUAUCUUCAUUCGGUUUUUGGAGAGGGACCUUGCAGAAACACCCUGGCCAGUCUUUUGCAUGAUCGCAAACUCAACAAAUACGAAGGAAAAGUUUGAUCUUGAAAUUUUAUUUGCUGAUAGUUUUUUUGUGCACUCCUCUCUUGGCUGAGAGCAAGCUAUUCUUAUAACUGGAAAUGAUGUGAUUAUUUUCCCAAGGCGGAGACGUUACCAGAUUCUACGCACGCACGAUGAGAAGAUACAUCUCUCAACUGGGUCGAUGUGCAACACUAUUUUCCUUAGAAUAUUUUCAACCGAGAUUGAAAACGUGUCAACUAAUAUAACGGAAAGCCACUACCGAGUCUCUACAAAUUGAAUUUAUAUUUCUGGUCGAGGGACGAUAAUCUUUCCAUGUUCAAUAUUUUACACGUGUGCAUGAAAGAUCAAUGUAUUCUAAUUACUUUAUGAUGAAUCCACUGUUUAUGAUAGCAUUC